UGUCGUUUUACUAUUCCUCACCGACCAAUGAGAGCGGAGGCUUGACAAGAGAAAGGCACACGAACGUGAUUCUAGUAAAAGGACGCAUCGGGUUCUCGCGGAAUCCCUUUACGCACAGAGCUCGCCAGGUUUUUCUUCACACCGAUCCACUCUUCCCCUCCUUUUUUUUUAUUUUAAAUCCACUCCCCUUACGCUGUCCCCACCUAAGAUUCCGGUGCAAUUCCCCCCCAUUCCCAAACACUUAAUUGAGCAAUUUGGGAUUCCUCACGUGUGGGCUGAUUUGUAGUUUGAACACGUGGCUCAUUCAAAAAAAAAAAAAAAAGCCGGAAUAACGGAGGAUUUUUUUUUCACCCCCCCUCUUCUUCCUCUUCUCAUUCUAGGUUGUAGACUCAGAGGCGGGCGCCAACCUCACCGUGUGUGACAUUCUCUGUCUCUUUGCCAACGGGGGGGGGGGGUUCGGAGGAAGACGCAAAGUAGUUUCUCCUCCUUUUUUCUUCUUCCUUCUCCUCCUCACCCAGCGCGCCAUCGUUUGGAGACACGAGAUUAAUAAUUGAGCGUUUAUUUAUUGCGCGAUAAAGACGGACGGACGGGGCGAGGGAGCGCGAGCGAGCCAGCGAACGCGCACUGCCAGUUUCAAUCCACGGGAAGCACGACACGGUCGCUCCGGAGUAGUAGUAGUGGUAGUAAAGAAGAUUUUUUUUUUUUUUUGGGAGGGGGGGUUAGUCUACUCCAAAGACUGCACAUCCUGCGAGAGGGCAAGUAACUAUCGCUCCCACUCCCUCGGCGUGAAGAUCGUCUCCCCCUCCCUUCCCCUCCCUGAACCACGGCGCAGAACAUGAAUAAGCUGUACAUUGGCAACGUGAGCGCCGAGGCGAGCGAAGAGGACUUCGAAACUAUCUUUGAGCAGUGGAAGAUCCCGCACAGUGGUCCGUUUCUUGUCAAAACUGGCUAUGCGUUUGUGGAUUGCCCCGACGAGAAAGCUGCGAUGAAGGCCAUUGAUGUUCUUUCAGGUAAAGUUGAACUUCAUGGGAAACUUCUCGAAGUGGAGCACUCGGUCCCUAAACGUCAACGGAGCUGUAAGCUGCAGAUCAGGAACAUCCCGCCUCACAUGCAGUGGGAGGUUUUGGAUGGUAUGCUUGCUCAGUAUGGUGGCGUAGAGAGCUGUGAACAAGUAAACACUGACACAGAGACGGCAGUAGUCAACGUUCGAUAUGCAGCCAAGGACCAGGCCCGGCUGGCAAUGGAGAAGCUGAACGGAUCUAUGAUGGAGAACUACGCCUUGAAAGUGUCGUACAUCCCGGAUGAGACUGCUGCGGCGGAGGGUCCUUCGGCGGGGGGCCGGAGAGGCUAUGUCGCCCGUGGAAGCUCUCGUUCCGGCUCGCCAAGUCUGGGCACCCGGCCCAAAAUGCAGUCCGACAUCCCCCUGCGAAUACUGGUUCCCACGCAGUUUGUAGGGGCGAUUAUUGGCAAGGAAGGUGCCACCAUCCGCAACAUCACCAAACAGACCCACUCAAAGAUCGACAUCCAUAGGAAGGAAAAUGCAGGUGCAGCAGAGAAGCCCAUAACGAUUCACUCCACCCCCGAAGGUUGUUCGAAUGCUUGUACAACAAUCAUGGAGAUCAUGCAGAAGGAAGCCCUCGACACAAAGUUCACUGAGGAGAUCCCGCUCAAGAUACUCGCACACAAUAACUUUGUCGGAAGGUUAAUUGGGAAGGAAGGGCGCAACUUGAAGAAAAUCGAGCAGGACACGGAGACCAAGAUCACAAUCUCAGCUCUGCAGGACCUGACCGUGUACAACCCUGAGCGGACCAUAACUGUGAAGGGCACCAUCGAGGCCUGCGCAAGAGCCGAGGAGGAGCUGAUGAAGAAGAUCAGGGAGUCGUACGAGAGUGACAUGGCUGCUAUGAAUCUCCAGUCCAACCUGAUUCCAGGCUUGAAUCUGAACGCUUUGGGUCUGUUCCCCAGUGGGGCGCCGGGCAUGGGUCCCUCCAUGUCCAGCAUCCCACCCCCGGGAGCCCACGGGGGAUGUUCCUCCUUCGGGGGACACCCGGAGUCGGAGACGGUUCACCUGUUUAUCCCUGCGCUCGCGGUUGGCGCCAUUAUAGGCAAACAGGGUCAGCACAUCAAACAGCUGUCGCACUUUGCCGGCGCCUCGAUCAAGAUUGCCCCCGCGGAAGAAGUGGGUGCCACACCACAGAGGAGGGUCACCAUCGCUGGACCGCCAGAGGCUCAGUUUAAGGCUCAGUGUCGCAUCUUUGGGAAACUGAAGGAAGAGAACUUCUUUGGACCCAAGGAAGAGGUGAAGCUGGAGGCUCACAUCAAGGUUCCUUCCUUUGCUGCUGGACGAGUCAUCGGGAAAGGAGGAAAAACGGUAAACGAGCUGCAGAACCUGACCUGCGCAGAGGUGGUGGUGCCCAGGGACCAGACGCCCGAUGAGAACGACCAGGUCAUAGUCAAGAUCAGUGGACACUUCUUUGCAUGCCAGCUGGCCCAGAGAAAGAUCCAGGAGAUCCUGGCCCAGGUGAAGAGGCAGCAGCAGCCUAAACCCACAUCCGGAGCCCAACCUCCACAGCCUCGCAGGAAGUAGAGCUCCAGCGGAUCUGGAGGAAUGGUGACUGAAUCUGCCAGAAGACUCAACAGGUGGACAGAUGCAGCAGAGUCCGGGGGGGGGGGGGGGGGGUAGAAGAGGAAGACGAAAGGUCGUAGCGGUCAUCUCAGGGGGUCAAAGGUUAUCAGAAUGCAACCAAACAUCCACCCCGCCUUGUCCUCCUUGAUGAACUUUCAGGUGUGGCUAGAAAGAGACCCUAUGCCUCUGCACCCUAACCUCACCUCUCUGCAUCUCCAAGAAAGUACUUCUGAGGGCUCCCACCAACGUCACCUGCCCUCACAUGUACGCACCCCUCGACCGUUCUCACCCCACGGGUGUGUCAAUGUUUGUUUUUUGUUUUGUUUUUUUGGUCCUCUUUUUACACUAGAAUCACAAAGGAGAAAUAAGGAUUCCCCUCCUAUCGCCUCAUUGGUGUGGUACUUCAAACCCGAUCAGAUGUUUUGGUUGACUUCAGAUUUCUUUUUUUUUUUUUUUCUUAGUGUUUAAUUGGUUUAAACGUUAUCAUGAGUUUUCUGUGGAGAGGAAAAGGCAUUGCUAUCAAGGUCCUGGUUUGGACCAAGAGAGGUUUAUUUUGGGGGAGGGUUGGCUCAGAUUGGGUGGGCUGUGUUUAGGGGAAAGAUUCUUGUUUCAGGACAGGACCCCUGAAGGGGUGGGCUGUAUUGGGCGUCCUGCCCCUGUAAUGAUAGUGGCAUUUUAUAAAUUUGGAUGCAUUUUAUAGAUAGACCUAUAUACAUAGAUGAAUAUAUAUUUAGAGGUGAGGGCAGAGUCAUGACACUUCGGGAAACUGUGCCGAACUGCUGCUGCCCAGGAAAACCAAUUUAAUAUGCAUUUUACUUAACUACCUCAGGAUCUAGUACCUCAGAAGAGAAAAGAAAAUGAUUAUAUAUAUGAAAAAAAUGUUCCGUUCUUUUUUUAGUUUGCUUUUGUGGUAUUUUGUAUACUUUAUAAAGCUGAUAGUCUUUGAACAUUUUUAUUUUUUUAAGAAAAAAUUUAAAAUUUGGUCAGCUGCCAACUGACCUUGCCUUCAACUCUGGUGCUUUAGGUGGCGUUGUUCAUGUGUAUGUGUGACUUAAGAUGACCCUGUACAUAAAGUCUAUUAGUCUGUUUGUACAUUGACGCCCCGGAGCAAGAGUUGGCGCCCCUCAGCUGGCGGCUGACAAGAGUAGCGAGAGAAAAUCGCCUCAGUUUUUCCCCUGAGGGUCCACCAUCUUCUGAAAAUAAGUACAAAACAUCUAAGAAACGCAAAUAAUGCCAACCGAACAUCAUUACAGCAAUGCCAUUUUGGGAUUGACAUUGGUAAUGGAACUUUAAUUUGUCAAAAAAAAAAAAAAAAAAAAAUCCUUUUCGCCUUCCCAUGAGGGCCGUGAUCAGUGCAGCGUGGGCCGCACAGGUCUCCUCUCCAGCUGCCCCUCAGUCAGCAGAGCGUCGUCUUUUUCUUUUUCUCCGUUCUGUUCCCAGGCCUCCUGCCGCCUUCUUCACCACGGUGUCUUAGUGAGGUCCAAGCCUAUGUUGUUUUUUUUCAUAGAUACAAGUUGUCAUUUCCGAGUGGCGCUUGAAGCCUGGCCAUUAAGUCAAUGGUAACGUCGUUCACUGCAUGGUGAGGGGGAGUCACACUGAUAGACGCAUUUUCUUUCUUUUUUCGCGUUAUAAGAAAAUGAUUUAAACCAAGACAUUGACGCUAGACCACAAAUGUAACUUGAUGUUCCAGUUGUUCAAAUAGGGAAAGAAUUGCCAGAAAAGGCACACAGAUUAGUACAUUAACCCUGAUUGGGGGGGGGGGGGGGGGGUGCAAGAGGAAAGGAAUCCAAAACCUAAAACACAAUUUAUUUCAUUUGUCUCUUCAUGCCGAAUGUAAAUAUGUUGAUUGUGGUAAAACGCGAGUGUGUCUAUGCUUCCACGUUAGAACGCCGUCUACCUCAGCUUAGGGGAGAGGGGGGGUUGUGGUGCGAGGCAUCCCACCCUGCCCCCACUUGAGCGCCAGCGCGCAUUGAUGCCUCAGACCCCCCCCCCCCCCCCCGUUAAUGUGAGCGCAAUCAUUACACCGCGCUCAACCAGGGGGGGGCACAAGUGAUGCUUAAAAAUCCCAGAUUCCCCGCUUCCUUCCUGCAAACCCCCCCCCCCCCCCCCCCCCCCUCUCCCUCCACCGCAGUUUUGUUUUGAUCUACCUCUUUAGACAAGUAUUUGAAGUAGAGGCAUUCUUCUAUUUGUUAGAAUUUAACCCCCCCCCCCUCCUUUAUGGCUCCCCCUAUGAUAUGAAAACUUAAACUAAAAUCAUGUACUGUUUAGAAUUGAGAGAAUAAUCGAAAGUGAUCAAAAUAUUUUCUUUUACCAGUGUUUAUAUGUACUCUUUUUGGCUCAACUGAAAUCCUCAACCAAUCGUCUUUCUUUCUAUUUUUGGUGGUGUGGCUUACAUGUAUUUGGACUUUUGCUUGGGUUUUUUGUGGAAAGUCAAAUCACCAGUUUGAUUUUGCAUUCAAUAGUUAAAAUGAAAAAAUACAGUUUAAAAAAAAAAAGGGCCUGUCCUUUUUUUUGUUUAUUUGAAAGACUUAAAAUAGAUAAAGUCCUGUCUUUUUUUCCCCUUUGUGUUUCACAGAUGCUACACUCACCCGCUGAUUCAGUAGCCAUUUUCUUCUGUUAGCAUUUCUUGGCUGUGUAACGUGGAAAAUCUUGGUAUGAGACAGAUGAGGGACUGGUUCUGAGUUUUUUGGAAAAGUGAUCUAAUUUCAGCAUGAUAUUCUCUUCACCAUCUCUCUGCAACCAUUGUUAUGCCCCUUCACCUCCCCUUCACACACAGCUCCACUUGUCAAAUGCCUCUGAAUAAAAAUAAAAAAACAUAA